AUGGGGGCCUGGGGAGUAGGGGGCUUGUCUAACGCCCCUGCGCCCCCAUGCAGUCCGGUCAAGUCCACAGUGGGAGGUGAAUGGCUGGCCUGGCUAUUCGACUGUGUGGGGCAUCGCAGGUAUGCACGGCCUUGCCAUGCCCCUGCCCCGAACACAACCUGCCACCCACGUUAUGGCUUCUCUCUCUCCUCCAGCCCCUCCUGGCGUCACCACCCCGGGGGUCAGGUUAAAAAGCCCCCGGGGCGGCGGAUUGUGGUGUCCGGUGAGCGCGGAGAGCAGGGAACCGUUCCUGCCGAAGGAAGGUCCCAGACCCCAGUUGUGAGGGAUGAAGUCUCUCUUAAUGGUUAUCGUAGUCACUUGGCAUCAGAAUCAGCCCCGGCCCCCCUCACAACCGCUGAGCAGGAACUGAAACAGCUCAAGGUCACAGAGAUGAACACCGAUGUGAACGUAGACACCAGGCAGCGGACGCUGCAGGGCAUCGCAUUCCCCGUGCAGGAUGAUGCCCUACGUGCCCUGCGCCAGCUCCAACGGAAGGACUGCCACUAUGUUCAGCUGAAACUGGACAUUGACGCGGAGCUGAUCACGUUGGUGACCACCGAGCCAACUGGCAUCGCUGCGCUGCCCAGCAGGGUCCCCUCAGACUCCCCUCGCUGGCAUUUCUUCUUGUAUCAGCACACGCACGAGGGCAGCUCGCAGGAAUCCCUAGUUUUUAUCUAUUCCAUGCCAGGCGGUAAAUGUAGCAUUAAGGAACGUAUGCUAUACUCUAGCUGCAAGGGGCCCUUCCUGACCUACGUAGAAGAGGAGCUGGGCAUACAAAUCGCGAGGAAGGUUGAGAUCGAUGAUGGUGGGGAGCUAACAGCAGAGUUCCUGUACGAUGAGAUCCACCCGAGGCAACACACGUAUGAACCUGCCUUCCGCAAACCCCCGGGACCAGCAAGGACCCGAGGCGGGGGCAAACGCAUCGUCCGAAACCCUGCAGAUGGCAGCCAGGGGUCCAGCUAGGUGGGGGGUGUAGUGACAGAGAGAGAGAGAGGCAGCAGCCGGAACUGGCACUAACAGGAAUGGGUAAUUGUUUGGGGUGGGGGGGAGAUGUGACAGGGCCUGACCUCGGGGGGAGGGGGGGUGAAGAAAAGAUGUGCUCUUCCUUGUUCACUUUGGGUUUAUCGGGGGAGGGGGAAGCUUGCAUGUGACAGGGGUUCAGCCUUACUGCUUGGCCUUCAGAAUAACCCAGUCUAUCUUUCAUCUCCCCCCGCCUCUCUUCCC